UCUUGUGCCUUUUACGCGCAGAGAGCCACGUCCGAGCAGUGAGCGAAUAGUGAGAAUAUGAGGAGAAAAAUCACAAAAUAUCCUAAUAAUUUGCAUAGAAGUGCAUCUGAGCUACUCAAUGUUGAGUUUUUAGUGUCUUACUUUAUGGGAUGCACAUUGAAAUCUGUUAGAAAAUGCACCAUUUAGCGCCAAAGGACUGUUUAAUUUUACAUGGAGUUUAUAAUAACAUCCCAUCACUCUGUUUUCAAUUUGUUCAGAUGCAAAUUUGUGCUUUUUUAAACUGUUAAAUCCACUCUCUAAAGUAACGUGUGGAUGAAAGUGCUCUCUAAUUCAUUCUAAUCCACAUAUUUAGUCAUAAGUAAACUUUAUAUGGUUUUCUCACUUCAUUUAUUGCUCCAAUUUGCACUUAAACGUUAAGAUCUCCCCACUUCCUCUCUCUGUUUGUAAAUGAACCACGGACAAGCUCAGAUUAGGCAUUUAUCUUCUUCUGUUUUCCUUUCCUCUCAGUGUGAUUUCUGUGUGUGUGUGUGUGUGUGUGUGUGUGUCUGUUUGUGCUGGAGGAGUCAUGUAGGACAAGAUUCAUGAUUUUUUUCCUACCACAGGAGCUCCUCUGUAGCCCCGGGUCAGAUGCAUCUCCUCUGAACGCUGCAGUGCUCUGCUCUGCUCUCCGCCUGUAGCUCUGAAUGUAUGUGUGUGUGUGUUGUUGGUUUAAAGAGAGAAAAAGAGAAAAUGGAUAGAACAGAGCCAGAAAGACCAACUGGAGGCUUUGAAACUCCUCUCGGUGCUGCUACUGUUGCUCAACUCUCUGUUUUUCCAGGAUUGAUCACCAGCCUCUGCCAAUAAACAGCCCUCACUCGGAGGAUCUGAAGAACAUGCCGAGGUGCCUUAAUAGAAAAAUCUUUGGCACUGUCACAUCCUUCAAUCACUUGCAUCCCAAAUCCCUCAGUCCCACCUUUAUCACUAACUCCUAACCUCAUUUGUUGGCUUUAUUUUCCACAGAGGCAAUUACCUUCCUUGCACCAUGUGCCCAUACUUUUGCUGCGAACUAUGUUAUCUCAGCAGCAGCAGCAACGCCUGUGCUCACUGAAUUUACAACUGAAAAGCUGCCAGUGGAACAUGCACAACAUAGAAUGUUGUAUCAGACAAGGAUUAGUUCAAUCUGAACUACGCUCAAACACUUAAUUGUAAGAUGAUGCGUAAACUGCUAAAUCUGAGGAGAUGGAGUUCGAUUGAUGAAUCAGAGGAUCCAAUCAAUGAAAAUCACUGGAGACAAUCAGUUUUCAAAGAGUUUAUUGUGCUCUAUUGAGACAGCAGCACAAACAAACUCAAACUAACCUGAGCUUUCAGUGCACCUGCUUUUAUACUCCUCCUCCUCUUCUGACUCGCUAAAGCAGUGAGAUCAGAUUUUACCGGCUUUCUGGGGUUCCAAGGUCCGCAACGCACCAGAGCUUGUCUGCUUCUGGCAGGUUCAGAUCUUUUUUUUUUUUUAAUUAUGAGCUUUGGAAACACAACAUCCACAUGUGAGCAUCUUGAGCACACACAUGUCACCAGAUACAAUCAACUGUUUACAGGAUAUAAUCAUCUGUCACAGAUGUAAUUACGGUCUACAGGAAACCAUCCAUCCACCUAUUAUCUAUACACCACUUUAUCCUCAUUAGGGUCAUGGGGGGCUGGAGUCUAUCCAGCUGACUUGGGGUGAAGCCAGUCUAUCACUGGGCUACAUACACAGACAAACAAUCACACUCACGGACAAUUUAGAAUCACCAAUUAACCUCAGCAUGUCUUUAGACUGUGGGAGGAAGCUGGAGUACCCAGGGAAAAGCAUCAUGCACAGGGAGAACAUGCAAACUCCAUGCAGAAAGAUCCCAGGAAAGCCGGGAUGCGAACCGGGGAUCUUCUAGCUGUAAGGCAAAAGUGCUAACCACCAAGCCACUAUGCAGCCCAUCUACACAAAACUGUUAAAAAUAGUUAAAGCCACAUAUAUCAUCAGCGGUUGCCUCCCCUCAAAGCAGCAUAUCCAGCUACAUUUCAAUGUUUUACUCAACAAGCGUAAUCUUUGGCUGAUCCUGUCCCUGAGGCUUUUAUCCCCUGCAAGCUCUGUUACUGUGUGAGGGAUACAAAAGCUGAGACCAUCUGAAGGCUGCAGUCCCCUUCCAGCUGUUGACAGAGCGUCUAUUAUUUCUGGUGUGAGUCCCGACGCAGGAGGAGCCAUGAGCCAGGGAGAAAGGAGGACUUGCAAAUCAAAUUGCUUUAAUCCAUUGAAGCAUCUUUCUUCAUUCUCCAGAGGGCAGCAGGGUGUGAGGCAGAGGAGCUCUGAGCCCUGAUCAUGCCUGGAAAAGGAAAACAAAACCUGUCGCUGGGGAAUUACAUGAUGUGGCUUGGUCAGCCAGCUGUGGAGUACAUGUGGGGCGUGAGGGAUGUAGAGCCAGAGGUGGGGGCAGGAUGGAGUGCUCCUGGAAGACGGUGCUGCUGCUGGUGUGUGCGUCUCUGGGGGUCCAGUACACGGCCAUCCGAACCCUGAGGGACUCCAUGUCUGGACCCUGUCAGGGAGUCUACCGCUGCCAAUCCAGAUACCACAGAGACUCCAAGUGGAGAGCCUUGUGCGAUGACAGCUGGGUGCCCAUUGAGUCGCCUCGGAAGCACAUCCUGCUGUUUGCAACGACUCGCAGCGGCUCCUCCUUCACCGGGCAGCUCCUCAACCAGCAUCCUGGGAUCUUCUACGUCUUUGAGCCUCUCUACCACGUCCAGCAGGCCUUCACCAACUCCAGCAGCAGGCUGCGUCGCACCUUAGACCGCCGGGCGCUGCUGGGAGCCUACAGGGACCUCCUCCUCAACCUCUACACCUGCGACCUUCACUUCAUGGAGAACUACAUUCGCCCCGAGCCACAGGAUCACAUCACGAGCUCCUUCUUUCGCAGGAGCUCCAGCCAUGCCCUCUGUUCCUCUCCUGUGUGCUCGGAAGGGGAGAAUCCAGCUGCCUCCGAUUCACCCGAUGAAACGUGGUGUCCUAAGAAGUGUGGCGCGCUGAACCUGACUUUAGCCUCCAUGUCGUGUCUGUCUAAAGGACACGUAGCUAUAAAGACGGUGCGGAUUCCCGAGGUGGGGGACCUUCGCACUCUGACCGAAGAUCCACGUCUGGACCUGAAGAUCAUCCACCUGGUGAGAGACCCCAGAGCCAUCCUCGCCUCGCGCAUGAUGGCCUUUUCCGAUCAGUUUCGAGCUUGGAAAAUAUGGAACGCGACCGGACGGCAGCCUCGAUACGUGGACCUGUCGCAGAUCACCAGCACCUGCAAGGACAUGGCGGCUUCUGCAGAAACGGGCUUGCAGAGGCCGGCGUGGCUACGGGGACGCUACCUGCUGGUGCGAUACGAGGACUUGGCCUUCAACCCAAAGGACAAGGCCACGGAGGUGUACAGGUUCAUGGGGCUGGAGAUGGAGGACAGGGUGAGGACGUGGAUCGCAAAGAACACCAACAGCAACGCGUCGUCUCCGUCUGAGUGGAACUACAGGUACUCCACCACCAGAGACUCCAGAGCGACGGCAGAGAGCUGGAGGCUCCGGCUCGGUUUUGACAUCGUUAGAACGAUUCAGAAUCUGUGUAAUGACACUCUGGCUCUGCUGGGAUACAAGCAGGUUCACUCUGCGGCCGAACUACGAAACUUGUCACACAGUUUGGUGGAACACAGGACAUUUCAACCGGUCACCUGGUAGAUUUAGUAAAGCUUUCUGUUAGUUAUUUAUUUAUUAUAACAUAUAUGAAGUCUCAAGUCUGUCAAGAUGCUGAUAAAAUGAAUGUAAUUUAUCUUAUUUUUGAGCAAUGCCUAAAAAAAAUUUAAUAUCACGUGUAUUUUCACUUUUUAUGGUUUUGCUAAAGAUAUUUAAAAGUGCCAAAUUUCAAGCGCGUGUGAUGUUGAAAAACGCACCGAUGCAAAAUGAAGCUAUACGUGCUGAAAGCUCUACAGCAAAACACUGAACCCUGAUGCGAUUAAGUUAAUAUAUUGUUGGUUUUUAACCUUUAAUUUCCUCAUAAUUUCAAUAUUUAUAGAACUUAAAUGGCAAAAAAAAAGUCCGGAGUCCAGGUUCCUGAUGGUGACACAAACAGGAAAGGAAAGGAUCUAUUUGUUUAAAAAAGGGGGAGGGGGGAAGAGCAAAGAUAAGGAAAAGAAAUUAUAGGGCUUGCCUUCCAAGUGUCUCUAAUGCAUUUUGGAAAAGGAUUAAAAUGUCAAAUAUCGUGGGUAGAAAAUCUUCGCUGCUGAAAUCUUCUGCAGUUCACAGCAGCUCUGUUUUCAGGAUGUCAAAAAUAUGAGAAAUAUUUGUUGUUUCUUUCACUGUAAAUACUUAAAUACUGAUCAAGUGUUUUAAUGCAAGCGUGCAAAUGUGAUGUACUUGGAUGUGUUUAGACAUUUUUGUCAGUGUAACUAUACUGUUUAUAUUUUUUAGAGUUUUUUAAAAUAAAUUAUUCAUAAGUAAUGCA